UAGCUGCAGUGCAUCAGACAACAAGCAGUUUUAGCUAAUUAACGAUGGAGAAGGUUUAUUGCCUUCAUUAGUCUGCUCGACAAGAUGCACGUUACGGGGUCUUCGAUCUCUUUGAAAGCUAGGAAUCGCCAGAUGGUUUAACUCCUUCAUGCAUGCACAUGAAGGGUCAAGGAAAUUUGCUAGGUUAUCUUGCGAAGCUUAUUUCAAUUAUCUACGCUUACAUUAGCCUGGAAGUCAUUCAGUCCUCUCAUCUCCUGUGUGCAAAUGUCUGUAAAACCUCUACCGUAGGGCAGAUGUGCUUAACGGUGAUGUUCAGAUGCGUUAAUUUAGUGUCAAACGUUCUUACAUUGUUAGCUAUAAGGUUACUUGAAAUAGUUGUUAAUGCAUUGUCUAUGAAUAUAAUGGAAAAGGGCAUGGCUUUGAUGUAGCCAGGUGAUGUUAAUUCACCGCUGGGGAUUUGUGAUAAAAGCAUAUUGGCAUACAUUGGUUAGAGGAUUAUUAUUUAUAUUAACCAUUAGGUCACGUUUAUUCUGACAUUUCUAUUAAACUUGCAAAUCAGUAAAAAAAAAGUCUGUCAUGAUCACCAGAGGCAUUUAGGAGUACUUUGCCAUCGCGGUGUGUUCAAAUGGUGAAUGACAAAAUCUUGUUCUUAACCUUGCAGCCUAUGGCCAGUAUAAUCUGAAGAUGAAUAAUAUUUGCAAAAUGACAUCUGUUGUCGAUCGUAUAGGCCUGCGCAUGUGUUAGUGAACGUAUGCAUUCUUAUACAUUUAAAAAUGCAGCGAUGUCAUUGGACAGCUGUUGAAUGGUUCAUCCGUGUUGCCUGUGAACAAACCAGUCUGCAAAGCAAGCAGGAAGAAAUCGUUCGCAAAAUACAUAUGGCAACCUGACAUAUGUACAGUGACAGAAUGGCAAAGAGGCAGAACUCGAGUCGUCCUGAAUAUGUUCUUGCUCAUUGAAUAAAUGUGUAAGAAGGAGCCUGUGUAUUCGCUAAAAAUAACCUCAGAUUGUGUCGCAUUUUAGCAUUCUGCCUGAAUCCGCUUCUGCCGCAUGGUCAGCGAAUGUAUUCUUCAGAACGCACUGCUGAUAUUUAAUGCAACGGAAUUUAACAGCAGGCUACAUACCCAUUCGAUUGUAAGCGGUCUACGCCUUGUAGCAUCAGCAAUCGGACUUAAAGGGCUCUGAUAGACAAGGAAUCUUCCAAGUGCUGCACAGCCACAGCCAGAGGACCACCAUGUCCUCUCCCUCAGAAGUUCUGGUCGACUUUCAGGAUGACCUUGCUGUAGAUGAUGCCCCCAGCAGUGCCCUAGACCAGCUUAAGCUGUCACCAAUGGAAGACAAGCAGUGGCCUUCUGAUGACCUGGCCAGCAUGAGCAAGUCUGAAACGAAUAUCAAACAUUUGGGUCAGGAUUCCCACCUGUCCUGGGAUGACCCUUACUAUGAUAUUGCCCGACACCAAAUCGUGGAGGUGGCUGGUGAUGACAACUUUGGCAGGAAGGUCAUAGUGUUCAGUGCCUGCCGGAUGCCUCCACACCACCAAUUGGACCAUCAGAAGUUGCUGAAGUACCUGAAGCACACUCUGGACCAGUAUGUGGAGAGUGAUUACACCCUCAUCUAUUUCCACCAUGGUCUCACCGGCGAGAACAAGCCCUCCCUCGGCUGGCUCAGGGAUGCCUACCGGGAGUUUGACAGGAAAUACAAGAAGAACAUCAAAUCUCUGGUCAUAGUCCACCCCACCAUGUUCGUUAGAACACUCCUCAUCUUAUUUAAACCUCUAAUUAGCUUCAAGUUUGGACGCAAGAUUAGUUACAUCAACUACCUGAGUGAGUUAGAUGAGCUACUGAAGUGUGAGCAACUCGUCAUUCCAUCCCGAGUGAGAGAAUAUGACGAAAAGAUUCGUCAGGCUUUGAAGCCUUCUGCACAGGGCCCAAAGUCCCCACCACGCAGUCCACCUCUGCCUAACCAGCAGUUUGGAGUGUCCCUGUCGGUACUUAACCUUAGGGGAGCAGACCCUGGGGAAAUCCCAUUGGUUAUGCGAGAUACCAUUGAGUUCUUGAAGGAACAGGGUCUUGAGAUGGAGGGAAUCUUCCGACGCUCUGCCAAUGUCACCCUGGUGAGGACUAUUCAAGAGAAAUACAACUCCGGAGAGGAAGUCAAUUUUGCUCAGAUGGAAGAUGUGCACUUGGCUGCUGUCAUGCUUAAGACAUUCCUGAGGGAGCUUCCUGAACCCUUACUCACAUACCAGCUGUACAAUGACAUCAUCAACUUCCAAACAGACGUUGACAAUUCCUCUCAAGUAGUGACCAUACGGAACUUGUUGAAAAUGCUCCCACAAGAGAACUACGCUACGCUGAAGUACCUCAUCCAGUUUCUAGCUGAAGUGUCAGCACGGUGUGAGGUGAACAAGAUGAACAACGCUAACCUGGCCGUGGUGUUUGGGCCCAAUUUGCUUUGGGGCCAGGAUGCUGCCAUGACGCUCAGUGCCAUCGGACCCAUCAACAACUUCACAAAAACCCUGCUGGACAACUACCAAGAGGUCUUCUCUGCUUAGAACUUCCCCUCCCCCCACUUCCCCUUCCUGUCGGCCCAUCUAUGCUCUUCCUCUAUUAGAUCCAUCUCAGUGUAGCUUCAAUGUGACCCUAGUCCCCCUCUGUGUUGCCAAAUGCAUGGGUGUUGUGAGAGGCCGAAGACACACAAAAGAUAAAGAUUCUGAGGGUAAAAAGAUGAGUGGUCUUAGAAGAUGAGAAGAUGCAGGGAAUUUUCACCUUGAUCUGGACCAACUCAGCAAAUUAUUUUUUUGAAAUAUGAAAGAUCAAUAAUUUUGGUACUGUAAAUAUGUGGACAAUCAGUUGUAGCCCUUUCCCACUGAACUGCCCCAGCUGUUGAAUGCUGCUGUUGUAGACAAUAUCACUUUGAAGGUACUGAACAUAAUAAGUAGUUUGCGGGGUGAAUAUUUGGGAUUUCAAAUUCUGAAAAUUAUUUCAUGUUGGGAUGACUUUCAUAGGGCUUAUUUUUCAUUCAGGUAUGAAACGGCUGUUAUGGAUCCUCUGAAGAGACCGAAAUGUUAGUCAGGGAUUUUUUUUUCCAUGUCUUAUUUUUCCAGUUAAGGAAAAAUAGCAGAUGGUCGUCUCACUUAGAUACAUAGUUUGCAUAAAAGUAUGUACACAUAUGAAGCACUAAAAUUUAAAAGCUUGAAUGGUUUUUAAAUUUCUGAAUAUAUUUUAUGAUACUUGUGUAUACAUUGUGUAUUGCCUUCUUACCUUUUCUUUUUAUUGGCUGUAUAACAUGCAAAAUCAGUUAGGGUGGAUGUUUGAGACAUUUAAAGAUCAUGUUAUUAUCUUCAUAGGUAAUUAUAGCCUAAUCAUCUAAUCAUACUUACAAUACAUUUUCUGCAAGUGUUAUUUUUAUGUCUGUUUUUUGGGACACUAGAGUCAAUAUCAGUCCAGUUGUAGUUCAUGUGCAUUUUAAUUUGACCAAAUUUAACAACAGUAAUGCUUUGCACACCAUCUGUUCAGUAACCACAGGGGACCAUAUGACGUGGGUUAUAUUGAUAAUCUGUAAAGUAUAAGCUCAUUUAAGAUGGGCUGCAGAGCUCAGUAAAACUAGUACAGAAUUUUUGCUCUGGUUAGUGAAGUCUUAAGUGCUUUUGGAUGGAAAUCCUUCCCACUGCCGUCUAAAGUUGCAAAGCGCAUCUGGGGCUGAUACUGGGGCUGUAUCCUGCUAUUUCAAAAGAUCCACCAGACCAGGAGGUGUUCUAACCACCUUAAAUUUAAGAACAUUUGGACAUAUUUGGAAAGUAUUGGGUGGUGUAUCACAUUAACAUUAUCAUGGUGGAACCAAUGCUGUGUCUACAAACAAGCAACAAUGUUAAGGUCCCUGGCUGUGGGCAGCCUGACUCUUCCCACUGGUUGUACUCUCUUAAAACAUUAACAUGUUCAUAUUUCUACAUACUGUAAUUUUACCGGCAAUCACACAAAGUAGUUUAAGCAAGAAGCAUCUAUAUGCAUACGGGAUAAUCAAAUCAUUCCAAAAAUCAAGUAUAUUUUUUGGUUAUUGAAUCCUGGCAUCUACCUGCAAGAUGUUUUGUGCAGCUCACCCUUAAUUUCACCGCAUCAAGUUACCUCCUUUGCCCUUUUCUACACAUGAUUAAUCAACACUCUUGCUGAAGAUAUUAGGUUGGACAACAGCCUACAUAUAAUGAGGAAGUGGUCUAGCAUAACAGUGAGCCUGUGAUCUCUGCGCCUAAUUCUCUUUUGCCUGUGAUAUGACUGUGGCACCCUUGAAGAUACCUCUGAUGUUUCCUACCCAAUGCAAUAGAGAUAUUCUUGUGCAUUCACCAUUCUUGUCCUGUGUUUGAACUUGUGCUUUGUUGUGUUGUGGUGUUCUCCAAAGAUGUAGAUUCCUCCUAACCCCAGGCUACCAGUCUGUCAAGGAAUAGUGGUCGGUUCUGGGAAGAAUUUAGUUUUAGUCCGUGAAGACCAAGAAAUCAACAUAUUUAUGUAAUUGAUGGUGUGUGUACGAGUAUUUGACCUAGACACUACAGGAGCCCACUAAGUUUCAAUUCUCUGGGAGUUGGGAGUCCGAAACACAGUAUGUGUGCAUCUGGCUUGAGGUCAUUAUUUUAAGUACUAAAGAUACAUUUUCAGUACCUGUCAGUCUGUGGAUUGAGUGUUUUCACUGCUCGGCAGGCAAAGGCAUUAAAGUGGUAUCCUUCCCUUCAAGUUGUAUUUGAAGUUUCAGCAAUGAGUCAUCUUUGUCUUCAGUAAAUUUAGACCAAUGCAAACUGAAAGAGUUUGCACUGUGGUGCACUUUGUAAGGUAGUAGAUAUUUAAAAAGCCAGAUGAAUUGUUUUCAUUAAAAUGUUGUAUUCCUCUUAUUCAAGUGAACGUACCGUUUACUGUGUAUGAAAACGUCAUGUCUGUCAGUGGCUUUUUUAUUUUUUAGGUCCUCAACUUUUGUGUAUGUGUGCCUUAAAAAAAGGACAGGACAUUACUUUAGCCAUCAAAAAACCACUGAUCCAGUACCGUGAAAUUUGUGCCAUUUGGUUUUUCUGUAAUUCCAGCGCCAAUCUGUUUACCUGUGAUGUGGACAAUUUUCUGCUUGGGAAAAAAAAAGUUUCUUCUUUGCAAAGAUCUUUGUUUUCAUCAAGGCUACUCAAUUAUAAUGUUUUGCUUUUGAAAUCCUAGUUUUGUAUAUCAUUUGUGGUGAAUGAAUUCAAAGAUAAAUAAACUAUAAAAGAUGAAA